AGAGGCAGAGCGAGGGCAACGCCUCAAAGCACCGGGAAGCUCUCUCUAUCCAUCGCCAUCUCACUCCCCUUUUUCCCCUCUCUCUCUGUGAAGCGUAAAGCGACCUCUCGUUUUGAUGUGUCUGCAGCUCUCGCCUUUUGUCAACAUUUAAUAGCAGCCCUAUGUGCAUUGUCACGCUAAGGAAUGAAGUGGUGACUGGCUCCUUGGAUUAUUGCUCUUUUUUCCCCCGCCAGUGGCAGCGAGGUGCAGGCAUCUUCUUUGUGGAGUCAUCUUUGUUGAGGGAUAUAUCGGUUGGUGGGCCUGAGAAGCAAGGGGUUCACUGGGAAGGGGGCAUGCCUUCCUAGCAGUUAGACAUUUGGGGUGCCAUGCCGCCACUUGAACUCUGACCUGACAGGAGCAGGAUAAAGCAAACAAAUUGUCUUUUUCUUUCGAUUUUCUUUUUCUGUCAUCAUGGACAUCAACCUCCAGUCGCACCGCUUCUACUUCCCUCAGAUCUAUUGCGCCGAGCCGGGGGCGCAACCGCAGCUGACCGAGUUCAAAGUCAGUGAACAGAGCAUCUGCCAGGCGCGGGCCUCCGUCAUGGUUUACGACGACACCAGCAAGAAGUGGGUGCCCAUCAAGCCGGGCCAGCAGGGGUUCAGCCGCAUCAACAUCUACCACAACACGGGCAACAACACCUUUAGAGUGGUCGGCGUCAAGCUGCAGGACCAGCAGGUGGUCAUCAACUACUCCAUCGUGAAGGGCCUCAAAUACAACCAGGCCACGCCCACAUUCCACCAAUGGCGGGACGCCCGGCAGGUCUACGGCCUCAACUUUGCCAGCAAGGAGGAGGCAACCACCUUUUCCAACGCCAUGCUCUUUGCCCUCAACGUGCUCAGCGCUCAGGAUGGAGGUCCAGCUGUGCAGCGUCAAGUCCAAAAUGGACCGACCUCGGAAGAGAUGGAAGCCCAAAGAGCAAGGCAGAUGAUGGAGCAGCAGCAGCAGAUGCAAGCCCACAUGGAGCGAGAGCGACACUCCUCCAACUCAGGUUCUCCUUUCCAAGGCCACCCCGCAGUGCUAUCUGUGGCGCCGCCUGUCAUACCUCCCCCUGCCAACAUGGGCGCGGCUCCUCCCCCGCCGCCGCCGCCACCGGGGCCUCCGCCGCCCUCCGCCGGGACCCCUCCACCUCCCCUCCCUCCUCCACUGCCCAUCCACGGGGAGGAGACCACGGCCCAGACAGGUCUCGCUGCCAUGAUCGCGGGUGCCAAGCUGCGCCGCGUUCAAAGACCUGAGGAUAGCACGCCCAGCGCCAAAAACGAAGUCAAUCGGACGAGCGGCGGCAGCGGAGGACUGAUGGAGGAGAUGAACGCUCUCUUGGCGCGAAGAAGAAAAGCAGCAUCAGAAAAGCCAGAGGACAACCAAAAUGAUGACCCAAAUUCUCCAUCACCCGGCAACAGGGGGAGUCAGAACGCCACAGAUGGUGCUAAAAAGCCCUGGGACAGAGCCAACUCUGCAGACAGGUCAAUGGCUUCAAGGGUACGACCCGUGGGGAGUGCCAACGACGGAGACUCGCUAGACAUGGAUAGAAUGAAACAGGAAAUCUUGGAAGAAGUGUUCCGUGAGUUGCACAAAGUGAAGGAAGAAAUAAUUGAUGCUAUUAGACAUGAACUCAGUCGAGUUAGCACAACAUAAUCUUCCAGAACCACGCGCCAAUUUCAACAGCAGGAGGACGACGACAAAAGAAGAAGUCAAGCUGAAACUGUUACGUUCACUGUGGUGUUGAGGCGCCGCCGCCAUGUUGCUGUGACACUUGCGUGACAAGUGUGUGUAACAUUGAGUUUGUGCUUCGCAAAGGGAGCCGUGUGUGUGUGUGUGUGCGCGCAUGUGUGUGUGCGCGUGUGUAUCUGUGUGCGUGUGAGGGGACUCUACAAUUCUUUACAUUUCUCUUUGUUGUCCACUGUUCCUUUCUGUCUCUGUUUGGUCUGAAGAACACUAGACAAUUCAAUAUAUUUGAACUAUUUUAAAGUUUUCAAGAGUUUAUUUUUAUUUUUGGUAUGUUCACUCUCAUUUUUAUGACCCUUACUAUCAUUUCUCAUUAUUGAAGUAUUCUUAAAAGGAAUCAUAGCCGAUAAUAUUGAGAAUAUGAUAGUAAAUGUAAAACUGUUGCACAUAUUUUGAAAUAAUUCUGUUUUAUAUUAUUCACUUAUGAACUGUACUACCAAAUGCUUCUCAUUAUUUGUUAAUUUUAAAUGUGUGUUUAUUCUUUAUGGCCAACACAGUAGUGCAGCUUUGACCAACAACAGACAGUGGGUGAACUUUUGAACAAAAUAAUAAUAAUUAACACACCAGAGUAUUUGUGAUCAUUUUGUUAAUAAUAGUUUAAAAAAAUGUUUAUUAGCUGCCAGUAUUGUUCAUUUUAUUAUCUCUAUGACAAAGUGCUUCCUUGUUGGACAAGUGAAGAGGGAAAAUAAAAUGCACUGAGUUUGAAAUUAAUCAAAUAAAACUGUGAACAAUGUCUUGGAUAAAUAAGCCUUACUG